AUGCCUCCUGUCAAGAGAUCCUCCGAGGGACUGAUCGCUCCUCCCCCAGCGAAGAAAGGCGAUUUUCAAUCUUCACCACCUACUCUCAUCCAUUUCACUCAUCUUGAUCCUUUCGCUGCCUCUUCCUCCUCAUCAUCCUCAAGUGGUAGUAAAAAGAUUGCAGUGUCAUUCUACGAUCUCGACGGGACUCUAAUCAAACCUCGUUCGGGGGCCCAAUUUCCGAAAAGUAGAGAUGAUUGGAUGUGGUGGCACCCUUCUGUUCCCGAGAGAUUAAAAAAGGAACACGAUGAAGGACGACAUCUGAUAGUGAUAUCCAAUCAAGGUGAUCCGAGAGAAAAGAUAAGGCAGGAAUGGAAAGCGAAAUUAUCUUUGAUAGCUACGAAAAUACCUAAAGAUAUUCCUGUGCGGAUCUUAGCAGCCUUAUCCAAAUCAGAUGGGUAUAGGAAACCUAAUAUAGGAAUGUAUGAAGUGGUAGAGAGAAUCUACAAAGAAAGAGGGCUGGAAAUAGAUCUCGAACAUUCAGUUUUCGUGGGCGAUGCAGCUGGCAGAGCUGCAAAAGGAUCGCAAGGGAAAGAUCAUGGUGACACAGAUUACAAAUUCGCUUUGAAUGUUGGAUUGAAAUUCGUUACUCCAGAAGAGCAUUUCCUCGGACAUGCUAGACCACGAUUUCCAGAACCUCCAAUCGGUUUCUUACCUUCAAAAUUAGGUUCUCUCGCAUCUCUUCCUCAUAUCGUCCCGUCGCAUACUCCGAUCACUCGUCCGUCGUUAGAGAUAGUUCUUUUCGUAGGUCCUCCAGCAUCUGGCAAAUCCUCUUUUUUCAGAAAACAUUUCCCUCCUGAAGGAUAUGAACAUAUCAAUCAAGAUUUACUUGGCACGAGAGAUAGAUGUUUGAGAAUCGCAGAAACGUUCUUGGCGGAAGGGAAAAAGGUCGUCAUCGAUAAUACUAAUAGAAAUAGAGAAACUAGAGCACAUUGGAUAAGAUUAGCUAUCAGGUUGAAGAUCCCCAUAAGAGUCUUUCACUUCCUAUGUCCACUUGAACUUGCCAAACAUAACAAUGUCUACAGAGCAUGCUAUGGUCCAACAAACGAACCUACACGAACCCUCUUACCUAUUUCAGCGUUCAGUUCAUACGCUGUAGCAUUCGAAAAACCUUCGAUCGAUGAAGGGUUUGACGAGAUACGAGGAGUCAAUUUCCAUUUCGAGGGAACAGAUGAUCAGAGAAGGAAAUGGGAUAUGUAUAUGUUGGAACCUAAAAGAUGA